GCUGGCUGGUGUACUGUUUGUUGUGUUGGUUUGGUUGGCCACACCUCCUGGGCGUUCAGUGACAGACGUCCAACUGCACAACUCUCCAGACGCAGGUUUCAAGAGUCGAGACAGCAUUUCUUUUAUCAGCUCUGUCCGUUGGUGGGCAACAGUUUUGUUAUUUUAAGUGCUUAAUCUGACGUAAAGCUAUUCUGCUCAAUAUGAAACUGGAAAAGUGUGCUAACUGCUUGAAUGGGGAAUGCGUAAAACCAGUGAAAGUUGAGAAGAAGCCAGGGAAAUCCUCCGGCAUCAUCAGGAUUGAAGACGACGGUAGUUAUGUGCAGAUGAACCUGGAUGGAGGGUUUCAGAAACUUGAGAAAGCAAAGAUCACACUGAACGACUGCUUAGCAUGCAGUGGCUGCAUUACGUCAGCAGAAAGUGUAUUGAUCAUCCAACAAAGCCACGAGGAACUGUACAAGGUCCUGAAUGAAAACAAAGUGACAGGUUCUCAGCACCAGAAGCUGGUGGUGGUGUCGGUUUCCCCACAGUCCAGAGCAUCUUUGGCGGCUAAGUAUAACCUCGGCAUCACAGACACAGCCCGGAGACUGACCGCAUUCUUCAAAAACCUAGGUGUUCACUCCGUGUUUGACACAACCUUCUCGAGGAACUUCAGCCUGCUGGAGAGUCAGCGCGAGUUUGUGCAGCGAUUCCGUAGCCACAAUCAGGACAACAAAGCCCUGCCAAUGCUGGCCUCCGCCUGCCCAGGUUGGAUUUGUUACGCAGAGAAAACCCACGGCAGUUACAUCAUCCCCUACAUCAGCACCACAAGGUCCCCUCAGCAGGUCAUGGGUUCUCUGGUCAAGGACUACUUUGCUAAGCAGCAGGCCACCACCGCGGAUCAGGUCUACCACGUGACGGUGAUGCCCUGUUACGACAAAAAACUAGAGGCUUCAAGGCCCGAUUUCUUCAACACCGAGUACAACACGAGAGAUGUGGACUGCGUGAUCACAUCGGGUGAGGUCUUGAAGAUGCUGGAGAAGGAGGGAGUCUCUCUGUCCAACGUGGACCCGGUGCCACUAGAUUCAAUGUUUGAUAGUGAAACUGAGGAGGAGAUGAUUGGUCAUUCUGGCGGGGGCUCGGGGGGGUAUUUGGAGCACAUUUUCACACACGCCGCCAAGGAGCUGUUUGCCACAGAAGUGCAUGAAGUUACUUACAAAACCCUCAGGAACAGAGAUUUCCAGGAAGUGACCCUGGAAAAGGACGGAGCCGCCGUCCUUCGCUUCGCGCUAGCGUACGGCUUCCGGAACAUUCAGAAUCUGGUGCAGAAGCUGAAACGCGGCAAGUUGACGUAUCAUUAUGUGGAGGUUAUGGCUUGUCCAUCAGGUUGCCUGAACGGCGGAGGGCAAAUCCGAGCAGAGGGGCCCAAGGCCAGCAAGGACCUGCUGCAACAAGUGGAGGAACUGUACUCGAAUGUAAAGGUUCAGGCGCCUGAGGUCAACCAGCGCGUUCAGGAACUUUACCAUCAGUGGCUAAACCACAGCGACUCCAACAGCAUUGAGAAGUCGCUGCACACACAGUAUCACGCGGUGGAGAGAACCAGCAGUGCACUCAACAUCAAAUGGUGAAAACUCUAAACACCGGGGUCUCCAACUGGCCCAUCCCCAUCGACUGCCUGGAGCAUCGAGAAGUGGCCUGUCAGCCCGCUCAACCGAUUCCACCAGGUCUGGGAGGUGACAUGAGGACCCAUCAAGGAGGGUUUCCUCGCUCGCUGACUGAGCACCAUUUCAAAUACCCAACAGGGAUGAUCCUGUGGAGAGCGAGGCGUUAAUGGAGAUGGGUUUGAUGAUGUGUUGAUUACAAAUGUAGGUGGAGGUGGAACCCUCCGUCUGGUUUUCACUCACUGCUCUGAUUCGCCUUCAAUGCUGAGUCACAGCACAAACUGACAUUUCUAAACGCAAGCGAAGAAAGAGUGAGAGAAAUUGGAAACUUUAAGGAAAACUUGAAGCUUCACUUGAUUUUCCUCCGUCCUUUCAGUUAAGAAACAAAAGAGAAGUCAUGAAAAGCACUUUGGGACGUAAAAAGGGACUGUAGCAAAUGUAAACAUUAUUAUUGUUGUUAUUACACUUUACAAUAAAAUCCUGUGAAGCGCUUUGAGAUGUCCUCCUGAUUGAUGUCAGAGGUCCUAUUAAAUGUAAAGAUUAUUAUGAUAAUAAAGGAAGCUGCUCCUUUAUGUUUGUUCGGAGAGUACGCUGGGGUUUCUGGUGCCCUUGUACAGAACAUUGUGUCAUUUUGUAAAGGGAAUGUGUGAUUUUCAAAAUAAAGCUUCCAAUUAUUGGUCAAUGGAAAA